AUGACUACUUCUACCAAUCCUGCUGAGCAGGCGUACCUUGAUUUGUGCAACCGUAUCAUUAACGAAGGUGAACAAAGACCAGACAGAACUGGUACAGGCACGAAAUCGCUUUUCGCCCCACCCCAAUUGAGAUUUGAUCUCUCUGACGAUACUUUUCCAUUAUUGACCACCAAGCGUGUCUUUUCCAAAGGUAUCAUCCAUGAAUUGCUUUGGUUUGUUGCUGGAUGUACAGAUGCCAAGGUUCUUUCUGAUAAAGGUGUGAAAAUCUGGGAAGGAAACGGAUCCAGAGAGUUUUUGGAUAAGUUGGGUCUUACCGACCGCCGUGAAGGUGAUUUGGGUCCAGUGUAUGGUUUCCAAUGGCGUCACUUUGGCGCUGAGUAUAAGACAUGUGACGACGAUUAUACUGGCCAGGGUUUUGAUCAGCUUCAGGAUGUUAUCCAUAAGUUGAGAACGAACCCUUACGAUAGAAGAAUCAUCAUGUCUGCGUGGAACCCACCAGACUUUGCCAAGAUGGCGUUGCCACCAUGCCAUGUGUUUUGCCAGUUCUAUGUGAACUUCCCAAGCAACCAGCCAGAUGCAAACGCUGCCAAACUGACCAAAACUGCUAGACCUAAGCUUUCAUGUCUUCUUUACCAGAGAUCCUGUGACAUGGGCCUUGGAGUGCCUUUCAACAUUGCUUCUUAUGCCUUGUUGACUAAGAUGAUUGCUCAUGUUGUGGAUAUGGACUGUGGUGAGUUCAUCCAUACUUUGGGCGACGCCCACGUCUACUUGGACCAUGUGGAUGCAUUGAAAACUCAAUUCGAGCGUGAACCCAAGAAGUUCCCCAAGUUACACAUUAAAGAGUCGCGUAAGGCAGAGAUCACCGAGAUUGACCAGUUCAAAUGA